AUGCAUGGUGUCAAGAGGAAGCAAUGGACCCAAGAGCUGUUAAAGCAAAAGAAGAUCCAAGAUGAGAGAAAGAUAGCAGUCUAUAGAGACCUAACUAGCAAAGCUCUAAAAUCGAGAGAUCAGUGCUGUUAUACACCUGAAUCAUUGAAGGAUACCACAAGACUCUUACAGGCAAAUCCCGAGUUUAAUGCCAUUUGGAACUAUAGAAGGGAAAUACUGAUUCACUUGAAAACUGCGUUAGACGAAGAGUUUUGGGACAGUGAACUGAUGUUCACUUUGGCACAAUUGAAAAUGUUUCCUAAAGUUUACUGGAUAUGGAAUCAUAGAUUAUGGACGUUGGAAAAUCAUAGCAAGUCAUCAGUAAAAGUAUGGGAGAGAGAACUUGCUAUGGUAAGUAAAUUGUUACAGCUAGAUGCCAGAAACUUCCAUGGUUGGCAUUACCGAAGGCUUAUUCUCGAUAAGAUUGAAAAAUUCACUGGUUGUAAUAGGGAUAAGGAAGAACUAAAAUUUGUUACCGAAAAUAUCAAUAAGAACAUUUCGAACUACUCUGCAUGGCAUCAAAGAACCGUUCUCAUUCCAAGAUUGUUUGCAAAUAAGCAGAUCUCUGAUGAAAAAGAAUUUAUGAGGAAAGAAUUCGCUUAUAUCACCAAUGCUAUCUUUACAGACGCCGAGGAUCAAUCCGUUUGGUUCUACAUCAAUUGGUUCAUCAAGAAUGAGAUGGUGCUAAGCGCACUUGAACGUGAAGAGUACAUUAAUCUACUACAAGAUCUUGAGAAAAACAUUAGAGUAAUCAAUCAGGAUGAUCUCGAAUUCUCAGGGAAGCAAAAUAACUGGUGUCUGAAGAUUUUGAUAGUGAUCGAGAAAGUUCAGAGAGAAAUGGGUCUUACGAUCGAGUCGCACACUAACGAAUAUCUAAAACAACUGAUCGAAGCAGAUCCAUUGAGAAAGAACAGGUAUGUAAGUCUUGGAGAAGAAAUGUCUUGA